AUGACCACGGUCGCCUUAUUGAGGAUCUUCGAGACGUCGGCGAUACUGGACUAUAGUCAUAACUCAAGCUUCCCCUUACGCAGGAUAUUCUUCUCGCCCAGGCUCUGGCGCAAUCAUGAACCACGCAGCCACCCCAUGAUCAACAAAGUCCUCGACGGUGUGAUCAAUGGGCUGAGACACGCCGUGCGCACCAUAUACCAAAGCGAAAGGAUGUCCAGCUGCUCCUUCAGACAGCAGACUUGGGGUCAGGAUGACCUCACAGUUCUAAGCCAAUCCUACGCCGAACACCUGGUAUUUGCGGAUGCCACGGCGGUAGACAUUGCCAUGAGUGGGGACGAUGCCCUAAGGAAACAUUACAAACCACACCGGGAGACCACAUUUGCAUGCAAUGCCUUCGAGACUCUCAACCUACUCAUGCUACCUCGCGCUAGCACCUAG